AUGUUUUUAAUAAAAUAUACUGAGACUUUAGAUCAUGAUAUUGAUGAUAUUGAUACAGUUAUUAGUUUAUAUUAGACUCAUGAGAGAUUAAUUACAGAAAAUCUAAUAAAAAUUGUAUUACCUUCUUUUAAAAAAAUUGAUUUUUUUGAGAAACAUAGACCAUAAGAAAUUUCUUUAGAAGAUUUCAUUCGUAAGGCAAUUCCUUACUUCAGAUAUGAGGAAUAUUCCUUUGGUGAAAUUCUAUAUAAUAUUGGAGAUGAAAAAUAGAAAUUGUUUAUUAUAUUGGAAGGAUCUGCAAUGGAAUUUAUUCCUAUUAAAAAAGAGCAUUUGAUUGUUUAAUAGUGUAGUACACCAGUUAAUUAAAAAAGUAAAAGAGCUGCCCGUUAGAUUGAAAUAUGGGAACUUGUUAUGCGUAUGUAAUAUCAUAAUCCUCUUUAUUGGAAAGGUGGAUAAGUGUAGUUCCAAUAAGUAAUUCUAUUAAUCUUCAUCCUAGAAUGAAACUUAUAAAGUAGGGUAACAUUUUGGAGAUCUAUCAAAUGAUGAAAAUGCUAAAGAGACUGUUAUUGCCAGUAGUUAAUUAUUAUGUAUUUCAAUGAAAAAGUCAGACUAUAAAUUAUUAUUUGGAAGAGAAUUAGCUUAAACAAGAAAAAAUUUAGAUUUCUUUAAAAAUUUAUUUCAUAAUGUUAGUGAAAAUAAAUUGUUGUAAUUUAUUAAUUUUACAAAAUAAACAUCAUAUGAACCAAAAUAAUAAUUAUGGUAAAAAGGAGAUGAACCAAAAUAUAUGAUUUUUGUAAUUGAUGGUCUUGUUGAAACAUAUCAUUAUGAAAAUAUAAAUAUAGGUAAAUCAUUAAUAAGAAGAUAAAAAAUAUCAAUAAGAACAUAAUCAACUGGAUGUUUGGUUGGAGCAGAGGAAAUAAUUUAAAAAGUAUCAAAUCGUGAAUAUUGUUGUUAAUGUAUAAGUAAAACAGAAGCAUUUCUUAUUAGAAAAGAAUAAUUAGCAAUUUUCACAUAGAAAUUUUAUGAUAUUUUUCGUUAAAUGAACUUAAUAUUAUCCAAAAAUAUUUAAUUAACUACAGAAAGAAAGAAAGAGAUCUAUAAAAAUAAUCCCUCAAGAGAUUGUAGAAGAUUAUCUCUAUAAAAUACUCCUGAUCAAUAAAUAUCUACUGAAAAUUAUUUUACUGAAAAUUAUUUUUGUACUCCAAGAAAAUAAACAUAAGAUAAAAUAAGAUCUUCUAUUAAAGGUGCAUUAAAUUUAAAAGAAAUUGUUAAAGAAAAUUAAUAAAUGUCAAAAUCUUAAUCAAAUUUUGCUAAUACUAUAUAUCCAAUAGAAAAUUAAGAACAUUAUGAAAUUAUGUUAAGGUUCAUAUCUAAUGCACCAUCAAAUUAAAAUACUCAAAUUUAAAAUUCUGGUUAAUUUCAACAUUGUUUAGAUAAAAUUAAAAAAAAAGUUUAUUCUAAAAAGUUCAAUUCCCAAAAAAAAUUUAUUCUCUCACCAUAAAUUUAGGUUUCUAAAAUUAAUUGUUAAGAUGUAAAUUCUUAACCUGUUUCUCCUAUGCCAUUAGAUAAUGCUAUAUUAAGAAAAAAACUUUAAUCAAGAUGUUUUGAAAAUAAUUCAAACAAUAAAUCAACAACUACUUAAAUAUUUAGUGCAAGAUAAUCUUAAAUAGACUUUGAAACUCAUUAAAUUGAAGAUACUAAAAGUUGUGCUUAAUUUCAAAAUUUCUUUUAAAUUACUAAACCUUUAUUUUUUGUAAAAUCAAGGGAUGAUCGAUUAUUAUCUUAAUAAACAGAUAGAAAAUGA